AUGAGCGAUGGAUGGGGCUUCAAGAAGGUUCAGUACACAAAGUACCGCAUCACGAAGCCGUGGACUACGGACACCCAAUUCGACGAUCUCCUUCUUUCCGAACCCUCGAGGGACACGCUUGCAAAGUUCACAAAGGAUGCUCCGCUAUUUCUCCGGUUCCUAAAGCUCAUUACAGACGUGGAGAACAGGCCUCGUGCGUUCAUUGAAUUCGCGAAGAGGUGCGAAAACGGUCUCGUGGUGGAGAAGGAUGUUUUCAUAACGAAAGAUGAACUGAUGAAAUGCAUAUGGGAGAAUGGAUUCUCACAGAACGAAAUGAAUGCAUUUGAAUUUGCAUUCCCCGCGGACUACAAAUUUCAUUAUCCGGAGCUGGCGGUUCUGUUCGACUUGCCAGAAGAGGACUGUUACAAGUAUUGCAUCCGUCAGCGAGCAAAGACGCCAGAGCAGCUCGUAGAAAUCAACCGAAACAUCCGUGAGUAUUUGUGGAAGGAAGAAAAGGCUAUGAUCGAGAGUGCGAAAGACCGUAAAGAUGCCGGUGAAGAGCUGGUGCAUCGUCAGUUGAAGAAAUACGCAAAUGAUGCUCGUUGCCUUGAAUACGUUUCUUCGUUUAAAGAUGAGGUUCAGCAGCAGCUAGCUGAAUACCAUGUAGCUUUGCUGGAGCAAAUGAGGCAGAGGAUGGUGGAGCGAAUCACAAGCAAGCUCACUGCGAUUCAGCAAGCGGAGAAGGCAAUCCAGGGCUCCCUUCAAGAGGUUAUCGUGCGCGAGCUAGUUGAAUCAUUUCAGAGGAAGUUAGCAACCGACGCGAAGUUACAAGAUGCAGCGCUAAAAGCUGCAAUAGAGGGAAUUGCCGGCGACGUUCCUUCUGUUGAUCCUGUAGGGGCUCACUUCAUGGCGUCUUUGAAGGAACUUGGAAACGCUGACACUGUGAAGCCUAAGUCAACGGGCAGCGGAUCUGUCCUCGAAAGAGUUUCUGCGGUAUUUCAACGUCGUGAAGAAGAAUUUCUUCAGGCGUUUACCGUCAGUCCAGAAGAAGCCAACGAGGUGAAGCAGCUUGUUGGAAAAUGCAAGUCUGGGGAUGAAUAUGACUUUUCCAAGCUCUCCGAGAAGGACGCGGCGAGGUUGGACGCCCUUCAAGUAAACAUCCUCGAUCGUGUUGGAUAUGCGACAAUCAUGGAGGACGAUCUCAAAUCUCUCACAGCCCUUAGCCCCUCUGGCGAAGCCCUUAUCGAACACGUGAACAAUCAGCUGGCAAUGGCAAAGGAGAAGAUUCGAAAUGCUAGGCUAACACAAUUUGCAAGGGAAACCAGCGAUGGAUUGCUUCCCCAUUUGGCGGACUCGCAUUUCUGGAAGGGUCUUUCCUUCACUCAAUUCGUCAUGCCAAUUUUCGCGUUUAUUUCUGAUUCGUAUCCUCUGUAUGGCUCUCGGAGAAAGCCAUACAUGAUCGCCUUCAGUUUGUUGGAAGCAUUGGGCUUCAUCAUGUUGGGAACGUUCCCUACACACGUGCCAGUGGCCGAAGCUCUAGUUGUUGAGACUACUGCGGGACGAUCAAUGGACCAGAGUGCAGAGAACGUCUCUGACUUCAUAACUGCUAAAGCAGUUGGAAGUCUUAUUGUUGCUUACUUGUCGGGCUACUUGCUUGAAAGAACUUCCAAGCAAAGCAUUUUCUUGGCCACUUCUAUAUUCCCGCUCUUCAUUGCAUUCAUCACCUUCUUUAUGACUGAUGCCGGUGGAGCGCCCUCAUACGAUAUGAAGACACAACUGCGGAUGCUCAUGGAUUUCCUCAAGCAAUCCGUUAUUUGGGGACCCGCACUCUACAUUUUCGCCUACAUGGCUGGGCCCGACUAUGACGAUGCCAUGUUCUUCUAUUUCACCAACAAGCUCGGCUUUUCGCCCACGUUCAUGGGAACCCUUAGGUUAGUUUGCGGCCCAGUGGUUAUGAAAAUUAUGCGGGCACUAUAUUGGAUUUCCAGGUUCACCUACGGUAUUGCUGCUCUGGUUGGAGUUGUGACGUACCGCACUUUUUUCAAGAGCAGCGGGUUCCGCAAAACUCUCCUCGCCACGAUCUUAGUAGCUGUACCUAUAUACCUCUCACCAAGUCUUGAGGGCAGUGUCUACGCCAUGAUGAUGUCCGUUAGGAACACGGGAGCGAUGGCUUCCCGCGGGAUCAGUGCGAUCCUAACCUACAUGGCCGGAAUCACUUCCAGCAAUUUCACACAUCUGACUGGAUACAUCAUGCUUUGCGGGGCAAGCUUGUAA